AUGGCAGUUAACUCUUUCAAUCCGAUUUUCAAAGCAACAGGAGAAGCAUAUGUAGAGUUCAAUAAAUCUGAUCCAACAAUUUUGCACACAAAUCCAGCUUUUCAUGUUGAAAGAGUGAAAGAAGGGAAGUAUGCAUGGAUAGGUGAUAAAACUUAUAUUGAGAUAGCAAUGGCAUCAGAAUGCAGUCUUGUGUCCAUCAAGGAAGAAUUUAUGCCACUUAUUUACGUGUUUGGUUUCAAGGACAACUCUCCGCAUUCUGCAAUGUUCUCUAAACAGAUGAUAAAAAUACAUGAAAUAGGACUGUUCCAAAUAUGGAAGCGAAAAUGGUGGCCAAAGUCCAAUUUCUGCGCUGGAGAUUCGAUACCAGAGGCUAAACCAAUUUCUCUUAUGGAUGUUCAAAGUGCAUUUUAUGUUUGCUUUACAGGCAUUUUCCUAGGUAUGGUUGCCUUUCUGAUUGAAAUCAUAUUGCAAAAGUACUGGUCGUUUUUACAGAAAAGAAGAAAUGAACAAAAGAGUGACACGAAGACUGAAGAAAUGUCAAACAAAACAGCAAAUAAUCGUUUCAUUAUUAAUACGAAAAAUACACGGAUGUGAACGGUCGGCUUCGUCGACAAAUCAAAACAAUUUACAUUAUU